UAUAGUUAUAAUUAAAUAUGAAGAAGUUUAAAUUGUUAAACUCCCGGAGGAGAUAUGUGAGAACAAACCUCACUCGGAGGUUCUAUACAUCGGUUUUCCUAGCAGCAGUGGUUUUAGGAUCAAUUUAUCUAACUGCAGAUGCUGCCCCAAAUUAUACAUUUAAGGGCAAAGGUUAUGAUAAACAGUCUAUAAAGACAAGAUCAAGAGGACAAUAUGUCGAGUAUACUAAUGAAUCUGAUUUCUGUCAUUCAUGGGCAAUUAUACCUGGUACAUCUCUAUUGCCUACUUGGCUACUUGUCAUUGCAUAUUUCUGAGCAUUGAUUUAUCUGUUUUUGGGAAUAGCUAUUAUAUCAGACAUUUUCAUGGACUCAAUAGAAGUCAUUACUUCUCAAACAAAGAAAGUUAAGUACACAGAUAUUGAUGGGAUAGAGCAGACAAUGAGUGUAUCUGUUUGGAAUCCUACGAUUGCUAACCUAACGCUAAUGGCUCUAGGAUCAUCAGCUCCAGAAAUAUUGCUUUCAGUUAUCGAAACAGUUUCAAAUUUGGGGAAGGAACCGGGAGAGCUUGGUCCUGCCACUAUUGUUGGAUCAGCAGCAUUCAAUCUGAUGGUGAUUUCUGCUGUAUCUAUCGCAUGUAUACCUACAGGUCAGACUAAAUAAGAUCAAUGAUUUGGGAGUUUUUGCCAUCACAGCUACAUCUUCAAUCUUUGCAUACAUAUGGCUCUACAUUUGUCUUGAAGUUUGGACAAAGGGAAUAAUCUCCUUAGAAGAGGCUAUUAUUACAUUUUCCUUUUUCUGGAUCCUCGUAGUCUCUGCCUUCAUUGCUGACAAGAUCAGGCAAGGCUGUGACAAAAAGAAGAGGAGUAAAUUAGCACAAUUUGACAUAAAAGAUUUUUACCAUAUCAUUAAUGUCGAAUCUGGCAAUAAUGAUUCUGUUGAGGAGGAAAAUCAUCAACAUGCAAAACUACAAGAAUAUCUGAAAAAGACAUUUAACAAAGAUAAAAUAGAAGAUAUUGACCCUAAGGAAGUUGAAAAAUUACUUAAGCCUCAGUCAGUAGUCGCUGAAAGGCUCAAGUAUAGAAAGAACAUCGGCAGCAUGAUCUCAGGACGUCAAAAAGUUGCAGUUGUAAAGGGUGAGAAAAAUAUUGAAGAACUCAAGACAGCUAAAGAUGAGUUCGAUAAAGCAGAACUCAACGAAAAAGUCGGUUUCAAAUGUCUACAUUAUUCCGUCACUGAGAGCGUUGGCUAUCUCAAUGUCAAGAUAUUAAAAUAAAAAUAUGGAAGAAGCAGUCAGGUUUGGAGUCAGAACCGUUGAUGGCACUGCUAAUGCAGGGGAUGACGAAGAAGCUGGUGAUUACGAAGCCAUUGAUAUUGAAAAAGAAAUUGACGAAGGAGAGAUGGAAACAGCCGUUAGAGUCAAGAUUAUCGACGACGAAGGAAUCGAGCCCGAUGAAGACUUCUAUAUCGAACUCUAUGAUCUUGAGACCAAGGAAAGAUUACCAGGACAAGAUACUAGGACAACUGUUACAAUUCUCGACGAUGAUAAGCCAGGAAUCUUUGGAUUUGAGAUGAGAGCUACCAAAGUUACUCCAAAAGAUGAGAAAAUUAGACUAAAAGUGCUUAGGCUUGAUGGGUGCGAUGAUGAUGUCCAAUUGAAUUAUAGGACAAUCGCUCCAGAUUUUUUGUCGAACCCAGCUAUUGCUACUAAAGAUUAUAUGCCUGUUGAGGGAACACUCUAUUACGAAACUGGGGAGACCAUGAAAAUUGUAGAAGUGCCAAUACUCCCAAAAGAAGACGAAAUUGAGGAAGGGCAGGAAGUGGCCUUUUCAGUUCAGCUUUCAGAUAUCCGAUAUAAAGAUGAUCAAAAGCAUCAGGCAGAAAAUAUUGAGAAACCGAAAUUAGGAAAGAAAAGUGAAUGUUUUGUUGAAAUAGUUGGGGAUACUCAACUCGUCCAGAAGGCGAAAGGUAUAGAAGAAAUCAUCAAGAACAUGCAGAAGGACGAACAAAUAACCUGGGCCAAACAAUUUAAGAGGGCAUGCAUGCUUUCUCCCCAGUUGGAUGAGAAUAAUAAUAUGAUCGAAGUUUCUGGAUUUGAAGCUUUCCUACAUUUCUGAACAAUCGGAUGGAAAGUUUUCUUCGCACUGAUACCUCCUCCAAGAAUAUGGAAGGGAUGGCUAGCAUUCGUUGUAUCCCUAGCAUUUAUAGGACUUGUUACAGCCAUUGUUGGAGAAAUGGCAACCUUAUUUGGAUGUGUGUUGGGACUGAAGCCAGCUGCAACAGCAAUUACAUUCGUUGCAUUAGGUACAUCUCUUCCAGACACAUUUGCUAGUAAACAAGCAGCUCAGCAGAGUGAGCAUGCUGAUAGCGCAAUUGGGAACGUCACAGGCUCUAACAGUGUUAAUGUUUUCUUAGGGCUAGGUUUACCGUGGCUCAUUGGUGCUAUCUACUCUCUUGCAGAUGACACAGAUUAUAGAGUGAACACAGAUGGGUUAUCGUUUUCGGUUAUGUUAUUUUUGAUAACCUCCAUCUCAACAUUAGUCAUAAUAGUAUUGCGGAGAAUUUUUGUUGGUGGAGAGCUUGGAGGACAAAAAGCAUUCCCAAAAUACUUUACUGCAGGUUUAUGAUUCAUGCUAUGGAUUAUCUACGUUAUUAUGUCCUGCUUCAAGAUCUACGACCAUCUAUAAAUAAAUCAACUAAGCUUCAAU